AUGUUCGUCCGGUCGCUCUCCCUUCUCCCCCUCCUUGCUAGGCUCGCGCUCGCUGCUCCACUCGAGGAGCGGGCGCCGCCCACCAUCCAGCUGGACCAAGGCACCUUUGUUGGCACCACCGACGGUACGACGACCAAGUUCCUUGGUAUACCGUUCGGGAAGGCUCCCGUCGGAGACCUUCGCUUCAACCUGCCCGUCGCCGUCGACCCGUACACAGGGACCCACACUGCCACUGCAUUCGGACCAUCCUGUCCCCAACAGGCGAUCAACUUCGACCUUCCUUCACAGCUCGCUGAGGACGCCGUCAACUUCAUCGUGAACUCUAUCUUUCAGCUAGUCUUCCCUUCAGAUGAAGACUGCCUCUCGAUCAACGUCAUGGUCCCCGCAGGCACACAACCCGGUGCCAAGCUGCCUGUAGCCGCUUGGAUCUUCGGUGGCGGCUUCGAGUUAGGGAGUCCGAGCAUGUACGACGGCAGCAGCAUCGUGAGCAGGUCCGUCAAAAUGGGAGAGCCAGUCAUCUAUGUGAGCAUGAACUAUCGAGUCUCUGCGUACGGCUUCCUCGCGAGCCAAGAAGUCAAAGAUGCAGGCGUAGGCAAUCUGGGGCUCCAGGAUCAACGCCUCGCGCUCAAGUGGAUCCAGAAGUACAUCUCCGCGUUCGGCGGCGAUCCCACCAAAGUCACGAUCUGGGGCGAGAGUGCGGGCGCGAUCUCGGUUGGGCUGCACAUGGUCGCGAACGGGGGCAAUGCUGAGGGCCUGUUCCGCGGCGCGUUCAUGCAGUCCGGGUCGCCCAUCCCGGUCGGCGACAUUUCGCACGGCCAGCCGGACUACGACGCCCUCGUUUCGAAGACGGGUUGCACUGGUGCUGCGGACACGCUCAACUGCCUGCGCCAGGUGCCGUUCGCUACGCUGAAGACAGCAGUGGACGCGUCGCCGGGUAUCUUCUCCCCGCAGUCUUUACGGCUGGCAUGGCUGCCCCGUGUCGAUGGCACGUUCCUGGUCGACGCCCCGCAAAACCUGGUGCAGGAUGGUAGCGUCGCGGGGGUCCCGUUCGUCUCAGGCGACUGCGAUGACGAGGGGACCCUGUUCUCGCUCUCCACGACGAACGUAACCACGGAGACCGACCUCCGCAACUACAUCCAUAGCAACUACCUCCCGCAGGCGUCCAGCAGCGACCUCGACCAGCUGCUCAAGCUGUACCCCCAGGACAUCACGCAGGGCUCGCCCUUCAACACCGGUAUCCUGAACGCGCUCACCCCGCAGUUCAAGCGCCUCGCAGCCAUGCAGGGCGACCUCGUCUUCCAGGCCCCCCGCCGACUCCUGCUUCAGAGCCGGUCCGGGAAACAGCCGAUGUGGUCCUUCCUGAACAAGCGUCUGAAGGGUCUGCCCGCCCUCGGCUCGGCGCACGCGACAGACAUCCUGAACAUCUACGGCGGCGGCGACAUGGCGGACUACCUGAUCAACUUCGUCAACAACUUGGACCCGAACGGGAAGACGGUGCUCUCCUGGCCGCAGUACUCCACGUCCGCCCCGAAGCUGCUCACGUUCCAAGACGGCCUGAUUCCCCUGGCGAUCACUCAGGACAACUUCCGGGUGGACGCGAUGAACUUCAUGACCGAGCUGUCGCUCAAGUUCCCACUGUAG